AAACAGGCUUUCAUAACCUUUCAAGUAGUGACAGCACCUAGCUCAGCUUGCAGCUCUCACUAGGACAAUUACCUGCCUUAAAGUGUGUGCUACUGGCAUGGGGUUUUCAGGACAUUGUCUGUUGUCCCUACAGAAGAGUCUGGUUAGCUACGCUGGAGUAGGGCUCCUGAUCUACCUUGCAUGUCUCUGUGAUCCUGUUGCUUCUCAGCGGGUUCCCCUCCGACUGAUGGGUGGAUUACACCGCUGUGCCGGCAGAGUUGAAGUGUUUUACAGCAACAAGUGGGGAACUGUGUGUAACCACCACUGGGACUUAAAAGAUGCUGAAGUUGUGUGCCGUCAGCUGCGGUGUGGAAAAGCCCUAUCAGCCUCUGGGUCUGGUCAGUUCAGUGCAGGUUCAGGACCAAUCUGGCUGGCUGAUGUUAACUGUACAGGGACGGAAAUUGCGCUCUCUUACUGCAGAGUGAAGGUCUGGGGAAAGAACAACUGCAACCAUGGUGAAGAUGCUGCUGUGGUGUGCUCAGACUCAGGCAGCCAUCCUCCAGAUCGUCACACUAGUCCCACACUACUACGUCUGGUGAAUGGCCAGGACCGCUGCUCUGGAAGAGUUGAGCUACUGCACGAACACCAGUGGGGAACUGUAUGUGAUGAUGACUGGAGCUUAACUGAUGCCAAAGUGGUGUGCCGGCAGCUGGGCUGUGGGAUGGCAACCUCAGCCCCUGUCUCAGCUCACUUUGGCGAGGGAUCUGGUCCCAUCUGGCUAGACAAUGUUCAGUGCAGUGGGAGAGAAGCUGCCCUCUCUGAAUGCCAGGCCAGGCCUUGGGGCAUACAUAACUGUAUCCAUGGAGAAGAUGCUGGGGUUGUGUGCACAGCCACAGCCACUGAAGUGUCAUCUGAACUGCGCCUGGAGAAUGGCCCCAGUCGCUGUGCUGGAAGAGUGGAGGUGCUCCACAACUAUCAGUGGGGAACAGUGUGUGAUGACGGCUGGAGUUUAACUGAAGCCACAGUGGUGUGCCGGCAGCUGGGCUGUGGGACAGCAGUCUCAGCCCCUGGCUCGUCUCGCUUUGGACAAGGGUCUGGCCGUGUCUGGCUGGAUAAUGUGAACUGCACAGGGGCAGAAACCACCCUCUCUCAAUGCCAGGCCAGGCCUUGGGGAUCCAAUGACUGUCACCAUGGGGAGGAUGCUGGUGUGGUGUGCUCAGACUUGGACACUUCAGGGCAUCCGCUGCUCAGGCUGGUGAAUGGAUCCAGCAACUGCACUGGGCGAGUUGAGGUUCUGCACAACCAGCAGUGGGGAACCAUAUGCGAUGACACUUGGGACCUAUAUGAUGCAGCAGUCGUGUGCAGGGAGCUGGGAUGUGGGAAGGUGCUGUCAGCCUUGGAUUCAGCUCAUUUUGGACAAGGAUCAGGCCCCAUUUGGCUGGACAGUGUUCACUGCAUAGGAACUGAAUCCACCUUCACAAAGUGUAGACUGAGCAACUGGGGAGAACACAACUGUGGCCAUGAAGAAGAUGCUGGUGUGGUGUGCUCAGGCACGCAGCAGCUGCGGGUGAAGGACGGCCCAGGCUCCUGCGCGGGACGUGUGGAGGUGCUGUACAAUGCUAUGUGGCAUGGCUUGUGUGAUACCAGUUGGAGCUUAUUGGAAGCAGAGGUCGUCUGCAGGCAGCUGGGCUGUGGGCCAGCACAGUCUGCACCCCUUGGAGCUCAGUUCGGCCAGGAGAACGGCCAAGCAUUGCUGGAAGGGCUGAGCUGCAGGGGCACAGAGUCACUCCUCUUGGAGUGCCAGCAGAGCAAGAUGGAGGUGGGGCUGUGCCGGCAUGGCUCUGCAGCUGGUGUGGUGUGUACUGAGCUGAUAGAGCUUACACAGUCCUGCUCCAUGCUGUCAGGUCUGCUUGGCACAGUGGCAAUGCUCUGUGGAAUCCUGAUGGUCCUAUACCUGUGGAUGAGGUGUGGAAGAUGGGCUGGACACUCCCUGGGCAAAGCACCUAUAAAAGGGAUGGAGGAUGCCAGGACAUCAUCUGAGGCUUAGAUAGCGACACUCCUGGCGCCGAAGGAAAAGCUCCCUCAGGACUCCAGUGGGCAGCAAAGACACUGUUCUGUGAAGGCAGUAGAGCAGAGCAGCUACUGCGAUGAUCAGGAGAGAGGAUCUUCUCCGGCAGAAUGGAAAAUUUUGUCACCUGUUCCCCAUAGCCCCUGGCUCAUAGCACUGAACCUCUUUGAGUUCCAGCUCCCCACAUGACCACACACAGCACCAUGAGGCCUUCAGUCUCAAAGCAAGGUGUUCUCAGAGUAGUAAUCCCUAUCUGGUCCUCCAGGCAGCCUCUAGCAUCCUAACCCCAUCUAUGUGGACUAUCCCUCUUUUCCCAUUCUGUAUCCUGCAAACUAGCCACCCAGUGCCAUCACCCUCAGCACAUUCCCAACAGGAUCCUACGUUGUCCUCUAACCUCCCAUGGAAAGGAUGUAUAUUUCCUGAUCCAGGAGUAACUGAACAGGAUGCUCUAUUGCACUGUACAUAACUGGUUUUGCAAUUUGCACAGUACACCUAAAAGCCUGUCCAGAAUGGGCUGAGAUGAUGCUUGUUCCCUGUAUUGAUUUAACCCAUUUUUGAAUACCAGAGGAAAUGCUCCCUUGAAGAACAAGGAUCCAAUAUCAUAGAGAUUUAGGGGCACAUAGUGACUUGGCCUGAAGUCUGGCCAAAGUAGAAGUGAUUACAAGAA